GCCACUUCAACCAAAGAAUUUCCCGCUUUGGCUCAGAACUCGGCUGUCGAUCGACAGCCAACUCGCCGACCCCGCCAGAUUGCCGCGAUCAAUUCGCCAGCCCAGGAUCUUCUUCGUUAACGUCACUGACUUCCCUGGUCAGGAGAAGAAGGACUCCCUCGGCAGAUCAAGCUGCACUUUAUUUGAGCAAGAAUGGGUACCUGGCCUCCGCAGAAUCCUGAGCAUGUCAUCGGCUCGAUCAUAGCAUUGGUCAUCGGCACCAUCAUCGCCUUGCUCUUGACGCCCAGUUCGUCCAAGAGGAAGCCCGUCUUGAACCCCAAGGAAUGGCAAGAAUACACGCUACAGAAGAUCGACAAGGUCUCGUCCAAUACCGGACACUAUCGAUUCAAGCUCAAUCGGCCGGACGAUAUCCUUGGUCUGCCCAUCGGACAGCAUCUCUCGGUCAUGGCCCACAUCGACGGCAAAGAUAUCCAGCGAUCAUACACCCCGACAUCCUCAGACGACGAGAAGGGUUUCUUUGAGCUCAUGAUCAAGUCGUACCCACAAGGCAAUGUCUCCAAGCACAUCGGUGAAAUGGAGGUCGGCGACAAGCUCAAGGUCAAGGGCCCGAAGGGGACGAUGCACUAUACGCCCGACAUGUGCAGCGAGAUUGGCAUGGUCGCCGGCGGUACGGGCAUUACGCCCAUGCUCCAGAUCAUCCGCGCUUGCUGCAAGAACGCCAAGGAUACGACGAAGAUCAGCUUGAUCUACGCCAACCAGACGCCGGAGGAUAUCCUGCUCAGAGACGAACUCGACUCGCUCGCAAAAGAGCACGACAAGUUCCACGUGCACUAUACCGUCGACAAGGCACCCGAUGGAUGGGAGUACAGCACAGGCUACGUCACAAAGGAGAUGAUCGAGGAACAUCUUCCCAAGCACUCUGAUACCAGCAAGAUGCUCCUCUGUGGGCCUCCUCCUCAGGUCUCUGCCGUCGCCAAGACGCUCACUAGCAUGGGUUGGCCCGAGCCAAGGACAGUCAGCAAGAAGGAAGACGCUGUCUACAAGUUUUAGAUGGGAAAGGAGCAGAACCGCUAGACAGACAGAUCAACGCGUGGACCCGGUCAGCAGAGAGUUGUACUCGAUCAAAUGCAAUCACCGCACAAUCACGAUUCGCGUG